UGCCUAGGAUCAAGGCUGGUAGAUCUUUUACGGUUGAGAGCAUGUGCGAUUUUAGUGAAGCAGAGGAAAUGCAGAAGAACUUGGAAUCAUCCUCUGAAUUAAAAGCUAAUGAUAAGUCUGUGGAAACUAAGCCUCAAUCGGAGCUCAUACCUGCCGAAGUCAAAGUUGAUAUAAUCCCCAGGGAAGCUAAAGACGAAAGCAAUGUCUCUGCUGAUAAGAGUAUUAGCGAAGUUGAUAAAGGGGAGGACCAGACAGCUAAAAAGAUAGCAAGCAUUGUCAGAAACCCAUCAGCACUGAAGCAAAAAAGUCACUUACAGUCGUCACAAACUAAAACCAUCAAACCAAAUAGUGUGAAAAGAGAAAAAAAUGUGAAAAAUGCAACUGGGACUCCCAAUUUAGCACAGGAAAAUCAGGCAAUUAAGCGACAGAAGUUGGACGGAGGAAGAUCUAGACAGAUUCUUAAUCCCAAACCCCAAACGUUGCCCCACAAGUCAAAAUUGGGUCAUACCAGUGGCAGUUUCAAUUUAAGCUCUUCAACUGCUACUAUGCAAAAAGAGGACAGAAAGGUGUAUGUUCGGGAAUCUGCAGCACCAUUUGUUUCAAUGGCCGAAAUGAUAAAAAGGUUCCAAUCAAGUACCAGAGACUUGUCAAUGCAGCAUGUUGGUUCUCUUUCACAAAUGAAGCCCAAACUCACCUUGACUAGGCCUAAGGAGCCUGAAUUUGAAACAUCCCAGCGUGUUCGAUCAGUGAGAGUAAAGAGUACUACUGAGCUUGAAGAAGAGAUGAUGGCCAAAAUUCCAAAGUUUAAGGCUCGACCACUAAACAAAAAGAUUCUAGAAGCCCCAUCAUUACCUGCAAUACCGAGAAGUACACCUCAGCCACCGGAAUUUCAGGAAUUCCAUUUGGAGACAAUGGCAAGGGCAAACCAGAAUGCAGAAACGGCUUCAGUAGCUUCAACGGAGGUGUCCCGUCAGAAUAAUCAAGGGAAGUCUCAUCAUCUUACUGAACCUAAAACUCCUGUGCUACAUACAUCAUUGAGGGCCCGUCCACCCAGGGUGAAAAGUUCGUUUGAAAUUGAGCAGGAAGAACUUGAAAGAAUCCCAAAAUUCAAGGCGAAGCCUCUAAACAAGAAGAUAUUUGAAAGUAAAGGAGAUCUGGGGGUAUUCUGUAAUGCCAAGAAAAAUGUGACUAAACCUCAGGAAUUCCAUUUUGCAACAAAUGAAAGAAUACCACCGCCACCUUCUUUCAUUUUUGAUAUAUUUGAUAAGUUGUCUUUGAACUCAGAGCACAACCAGAAUCCAAUCCCUAGAAACACGACACCAAACCCAUUCCAUCUCCACACAGAGGAAAGAGGGGCUGAGAAAGAAAGGAAAUUUAUUACCGAAGUGUGGCAGAAGCAAUUGGAAGAAGAAAGAGCUAGGGUUCCCAAAGCUAAUCCAUAUCCUUAUACCACUGAUUACCCUGUGAUCCCACCAAAACCAGAGCCCAAGCAAUGCACAAAACCAGAACCUUUCCAACUAGAGAGUUUGGUGAGGCAUGAGGAGGAAUUGCAGAGGGAUAUGGAAGAAAGACAAAGGCUGGAGAAAGAAGCAGCCCAGAUAAGACUUUUUAAGGCACAACCAAUCUUGAAAGAGGACCCAAUUCCUGUUCCAGAAAAAGUGCGCAAGCCUCUUACCCAAGUUCAACAAUUCAAUCUCCAUGUUGAUCAUCGGGCUGUUGGUAGAGCAGAAUUUGAUCAAAAGGUUAGGGAGAAAGAAAUGAUAUACAAGAGAUACAGAGAAGAGAGUGAUGCAGCAAGGAUGGUGGAGGAAGAGAAGGCAUUGAAGCAACUACGAAGGACUCUGGUACCCCAUGCAAGGCCAGUGCCUAAUUUUGAGCAUCCAUUCUGCCCCCAGAAGUGUCCAAAGGAACCAACAAAAGCAAAGUUGCCACAUUUACGUGUGCUUGAAAGGAAAGAAAGGCGAAGGAUGAUGAUCAACUCUGCCGUUUCCAGCGCUGCCGCACAGAUGAGAUGAUAUUGAAAUGUAGUUUGUUCAAGAACUCUUGAAUCCUGUACAAGGGCUGUACCUCCAAUUCCUGGCUUAACAUAAUUAGUGUACCAUUCUUUUGAGGCCAACUAAACACAAUUCUUUCAAGAUUACUGUAAAGUUUCAAUUACAAUGACAACCCAUGAAUGCCAAUUGAAUGUCAUUCUCUC